UGGGGAUGAGGACCUCUCAGACAAAAACCAGAAAAAGGAGAUCUAUAGUAAAAGGGCAGUGACCGAGGCUGCUCGAUCUGAAGAAAAAGAAUCCUUGCAGAAAGACACUACAGGUUCCAGUGCUGCUGCUGCUUCAGAGCAGUCAGCUCAACUACAAGACACGAAGAUUGAUAAUCUAGCAGACACUAAAGCCAUUAAACAGAAAGAGGAGAUCCACAGUAAGAGGACAGUUCCUAAGGAAGCCUGGCCCGAAGAGAAGAAAUCCUUGCAAAUAGAUAUUGCAGGUACCUUGGAGAUUGUGAAUGGUGUCAGAAAACACACUCGAGAUGUUGGAAUGACUUUCCCAACUCCAAGUUCUAGCGAGGCUAGAGUAGAAGAGGACAGUGAUGUGACUUCUUGGUCAGAAGAAAAGAUAGAAGAGAAAAGGCUCCUUACCAAUUAUCUUGGGGACAGAAAGUUAAGGAAGAAUAAGCAGAGCUGCUGGGAAGGAGUUUCAUGGUUUGUUCCUGUGGAAAAUGUGAAGUCUGGUCCUAAGAAGGAAAACCUGCCCAAGUUUCAUGGCCCUGGUGUCUCCUGGUUUGCACCAAUAACCAGCACCACACCUUGGAGGGAGCCACUACAGGAACAGAACUGGCAAGGACAGCACACGGACAGCCGCAGUUCACUAGCAGGCCCAGGCAGAGAUCCACUGAAGCCAUUUGUGAGAGCAACCCUACAGGAAUCACUGCAACUUCACAGACCUGACUUCAUCUCCAGCUCUGGGGAACGGAUAAAGCGCCUGAAGUUUAUAGUCCAGGAGAGGAAGCUGCAGAACAUGUUACAGAGUGAACGGGAGGCACUGUUCAACACUGUGCGAGGAUGGCAGGGCCACCAGGACGCCACGCACCUGCUCCCUAAGAGAGGCUUCCUGGCUGCCCAAAAGAAAAGGCCUGUUGGAAAGAAGGAAAUGAUUCAGCGGUCUAAAUGGGUUUAUGAACAGCUUCCAGAAGUACAGAAAAAGAGAGAAGAGGAAAAGAGGAGAUCGGAAUAUAAGUCAUACCGGCUGCGAGCCCAGCUAUAUAAAAAGAGGACUCUGAAAGUCAGAAACCAAGAGACGAGUUCAUACCAGACCGAUGUGGGAUUGGAGAGCUGCUUCUGGAGCGCAUACCGCAGCUCAGGCUGGGCUCCCUCAAGUGGGGACGCCCCAGGCACUACAUGACCUGUCUGGUGUGUCAGCAUCACAAGGCCAGGCCUCUUAUUGUGCUUGUGUGUUUGUGAACUGAUGGAUGGAUUAGUCUAUUAGGAUUAUAUUAAUAUUAUAUUUCUGUAUAGACUAUAAUAGACUACAGAUCAUCUUCCCUAAACACUUCAGGAAGUAUUUUUUGUAUAAUUACCAUAGCUUCUGUAGCUGGGAAAGAUAAAGAAGAUUUGGGGAGAACAACACUGGUCUCUUCAGCAGCAUGUCUGGGGUGAGGAGUGGCUGUCUGCCUCUAGGGGCAAGAGUAUCUAACUUCUUUCCUGCCCUUCUUUUCUU